CGCUGUAAAUUCCCACAGUCCUGAACGCAGCAGGGAUGACACCUCAACAUCCAUCCAACCUGCCGCUGCUAGCAGGUUGAUAGCUAACCGGAGAGAGUUCAGGGCGGCGCGGCUUCAUCAUGAGGACGUCCCUCCAUCGUUAACCGGCACCGAAGACUCCCACGGCUCCCCACCCAGCUGGACUCACCGCCCCACCGCGGAAAGCGAGAUGACGACCCGGUCGGAGAGAGAAAAAGCCCAGAAACUGAACGAGCAGCAUCAGGCUAUUCUUACCAAACUGCUGCGAGAAGAGGACAACAAGUACUGUGCAGACUGUGAGGCUAAAGGGCCUCGAUGGGCGUCAUGGAACCUCGGGGUGUUCAUGUGCAUCCGCUGCGCCGGCAUCCACCGCAACCUGGGCGUCCACAUCUCCAGGGUCAAAUCCGUCAACCUGGACCAGUGGACACCUGAGCAGAUCCAGAGCAUGGUGGACAUGGGGAACACCAGAGCCCGCCAGCUGUAUGAAGCCCACCUACCAGAGAGCUUCAGGAGGCCACAGACAGACCAAGCCGUGGAAGUUUUCAUCCGGGACAAAUACGAGAGGAAGAAGUACUACGACCAGGAGGCCUUGGCCGCAGCCUCAAAAGCUGAAGCGGCUGCUCCUUCCACCUCGCCGUCCUCCCAGGCUGACAAGACCAGAUCAGAGAAGGAGCGUGACAAGAAGAAAGAGGAGAAGAAGAAAGAAAAGGAUGCUGACAAAGUGGAAAGACACAGCAACUCUAAGUCGGAGUGCAGAUCCAGCCCCAAGAAAAGCACAGAACCGGCCGUGGACCUGUUGGGCCUCGACGCUCCAGAGGGAGAAGGAAAAGGUUCUGAUCAAACGGGUCCUGACGGGAAUGAGCUGGAUCUGUUCGGACCGAUGGUGUCCAACCCGCUUCCCCCCAACAACACAAAGCAUGAUCAGUCAGGCUCCAGUGCAGCUCCUCCUCAGGUGGAACCCUCCACUUCCUCUUCCUCCACCUCCUCUUCCUCCACUGCCACAAAGGUGGAGGAGAAGAAGCUUUUAUCUAAGGACUCCAUCCUGUCUCUGUAUGGCAGCAGCUCAGUGGGCAGUCAGCCGCAGAGCCAGCCGCAGCCGGCUGCUGCAGGACCAGGAUCAUACCUGGGCCAGCCUCAGAUGCAGUUCAACCCACCGGGUUUCCCUCCAGCGAUGGGAGGAAGCGUCCCAACCACGGCUGUGAUGGGCGGCGGUUCGCCGAUGUCCGGCGUGACGCUGCCGAACGGCGGCUACAUGGGAGGGAUGCCGGCCAGCCAAGGACAGAACCUCUACAACAUGCAGCAGCAGCAGCAGGGACAGUGGAACAUGAGCCAGCAAAUGUCCAGCAUGGGUUUGGGUGGCGGAGGACCGGCGGCCGCCGCGCCUGCGACCGGUUGGUCCGCUUCUCCAGCGCCAGCUUCGGGUCAAACCCUCAGCACUCAGCUGUGGAAGUAACCCGGACCGAGUCCAGAGGAUGCGGUGAAGUGGUGGGGCAACAGACUGAUUUACUCUCCUGUACGCACAACGUUGCUACUAAUAAUGAUUUAACAACUUAAAAAAGAAAAUUAAGAAAGAUCGGCAGCUGUGUGUUCCCCGUCUUUCCAAAUGUUCCUCCUCUGAUCCGUCUCCUUUUGUUGUUAUUGUCUGAAAAAAGACACAACAGAGCAACAAGCAGGAAGCUGCUAACGCUAACGUAAGCCUUUAUCAUUACAGAAACGUAGAGUUAGUGAAUCGUGGUUCAGUACCUACAGUAGAUAUGGAUAUCUUGUUGUUGGUCUAUGCUUCCCGCCUCGCCCUUUCCUCUGUAACGUACAUUGAACUCUCUCCUCUCUCUCCUGACUCCCUCUGUUGAGCCAACAGAAGCACACAGCAGAUACUUGUCUGAGCAGUACUGCAUUUCUAUGAAAAAUGAUAAGAAACUCCUGCAUUUUCAAAGAAGAGGGGAAAAAGUCUCAGCUUGAUGGGCUUUUCUGUGAGGUUCUGCUGCAGGUUUAUACUUUAAAUGUCAUUUUCCACAUAUAGUCACAGAUUUUAACCAUUUCCACUGUAAAAUAAUUAAAAUAAAGCAUUCAAGUGAAGCAGCAUUACAA